GCACUAGGCAAACGAGAAACGGGCGGAGAAGAAGACCGGGAGCGGCGGCGCCAGCCAGCGAGCCAGAGGCAUCCGGCGCACGCGGCCACGCGCAUCGGCACCAACCCGAAGUUACACGACACGGAGGCAGGGCUCCUCCCCCUUGCGCCCCCCUGCCUCGCGUUCGCGUUGCCUUGCCUUUCUUUUCCUCUCGCUCUCCGCCUCCCUCGACUCGAGCCGCUUCCUUCCACCCACCACCCAGCCUCCCCCCUCGUCCUCCUCGCUCCCUCCCUCGCCCCUCCCGGCAUGAACGCCUCGCGCCGCAGCGCGCGCCGAGACGAGCGAGCGGCGGAAAUGCCCGCGCAGAAGCGCCCGCUCCCAUCGUCCGCCUCUCCAGGCCCCGACGGCCACGUCGAGGAAGCUCCUGGCGCGGAUGACAGCGGCGGGCUGCCCCCGAAGCUGCUGCUGAACGGAGCCGCCGCGGCUGAGGAGCACGAGGGCGGGCCGCGGCAGGCGAAGGACCGGCGCUACGAUUCCGAUGCCGACGACGAGGAGGAAGGCGACGGCGGGGGCGGGGGCGACGAGGACUGCGACAGCCAGUCGUUGCAGAGCGGCGGCGAGAUGGACGAGUUUAUACUUGUGAAAUUAACAGAUAUUCGGAAGGAAGUGCAGUGCCCUAUAUGCUUAGGCAUUAUUCGGAAGACAAGGACGGUUAUGGAGUGUUUGCACCGGUUUUGUAGGGAUUGCAUAGAUAAAUCCAUGAGGCUUGGAAAUAAUGAAUGCCCAGCAUGCCGCACUCAUUGUGCAAGUAGACGUUCCCUGAGGGAUGAUCCUAACUAUGACGCUUUGAUUUUGGCUUUAUAUCCAGAUGUUGAUAAGUAUGAGGAAGAGGAACUUGCUUUCAGUGAAGAGGAGUGGACUCGCAACAAAAAGAUUCAAGAAUCCAUUGCUGAGACAUUUCAGAGACAAACAGAAGCACUUGUGAAGAAGCGCUCCACUGCAAAAGCAACAGAUUCAGCUUAUUCAAGAAAGACUCGGGUGAAUAUGCGGCCAAGGAGGAGAAGAGGGCGAACUAGUUCUCCUGAUAUUGUCCCAACUGAUUUUGAUGAUGAGGACAGAGAAGAAAAUGGCAAUGAUGGAAGCAAAGGGUCAUCUUCUGUUGAUGAUCGUUCCCCAGAUGUAAGGCACAAAAGAGCUCGGAGAUGGCCUGUGCCACGGCGUUCCCCUUCUAAGGCCACUGGCAGUAUCGAUAAUAGCUUUGAGGAUAAUGAAGACUUAGGAGGUGCUAGAGAUAUCUUGACUACUUCUCCGUUGCGGGGAGAGAUGCUUGCUUGGGGGAAAAAUGGCGUCCGCAGUCAAACUCGACAUGGCAAUGCCAGUGGCUCCAGUGGAAGGAUGGCCAAGGGUGGACGUGUUGCCAAGUUGGUGGACCACCUCCGUAAUGCUGAUGAAUUUGAUAGUAAGUUCAACUUGUAUCUAGUUCUGCUUCCACUUGAUGGACAAAGUAUGCCUAAAUUGGAAAAGCUUUAUCUCAGUUGUCAGCCAACAUUAUUUGUCCAGCAUCUCUGCCAGUUUGUUGCUCUUCAGUUGUCUCGGCAACCCAAAGAAGUCGAAAUAUAUAUCAGGAAAAACUCCAUGGAUGAAUGUUUGGCGACCAAUAACACACGUACAGAUGAGACAAAACCGGAUCAAUCUAAUGGCUUAGAAAGAUUGUGGGAAGAGAAAUCUCUUUCAGACCUGUACCCUCUGCUCGCCACUGGUCGAGGCGAUCUGGAAUUGUUGUACUCUCUGAAAGCACAAGGGUAGAUCAAAUUUGUUGCACCGGCUUUCCUUCACUAUCAAUUUGAUCAAUUGCCUCGAAUACCAUGGUCUGGGGAUCUACAUCUGGUGAAAGCUUGUACAUAAGGCAUUCGAUAUAGAAAAUGGCACAAAAUAGCCUUUUAUUUAUUUACUGUUACUUGUUUCAAUUUGCUCUGAUAUCUUGUGAGGUAUACCCGGUUCAUUGGUUAAAAAUGUAUGGAAUUUAGUAGCGGCAGUCUGAAACCAGGCAAAACGAGCCAUGUCUGGUUAUGCCUUCUGUAUUGGUGGUGUCCCAUUUGAACUGAUUUUUAGUAGUAACUGAGCAACUCUAUUCCCAACUGAUUUGUGACUUGCUGUCGUCAUCUUA